GGCCCCAGGCCUUUCUGCCUGGGACUCUGCGCCUGCGCCCGCCCGGCCGCUGCCUGCUCUCCCGGCGCGGCCGAGGUCCAGGCUGCAGCACGCCGCCUGGGUCUCUGGGCGAUCCAUGGGCUGCAGCGAGGGCCGCGAUGACAGAUUACGGCGAGGAGCAGCGCAACGAGCUGGAGGCUCUGGAGUCCAUCUACCCUGACUCCUUCACAGUAUUAUCAGAAAAUCCACCCAGCUUCACCAUUACUGUGACAUCUGAGGCUGGAGAAAAUGAUGAAACUGUCCAGACAACCCUCAAGUUUACAUACAGUGAAAAAUACCCAGAUGAAGCUCCCCUUUAUGAAAUAUUCGCCCAGUUAAAUCUAGAAGAUAGUGAUGUAGCAGACAUUUUAAAAUUGUUAGCAUUACAGGCAGAAGAAAACCUUGGUAUGGUGAUGAUCUUCACCUUAGUGACAGCUGUGCAAGAAAAAUUAAAUGAAAUAGUAGAUCAAAUAAAAACUAGAAGAGAAGAAGAAAAGAAACAAAAAGAAAAAGAAGCAGAAGAAGCUGAAAAGCAAUUAUUCCAUGGUACUCCUGUUACAAUUGAGAAUUUCUUAAAUUGGAAGGCCAAGUUUGAUGCAGAACUCUUGGAAAUUAAAAAGAAACGGAUGAAGGAAGAAGAGCAAGCAGGAAAAAAUAAAUUAAGCGGGAGACAACUAUUUGAAACAGAUCAUAAUCUCGACACAUCUGAUAUCCAGUUCUUGGAAGAUGCUGGAAACAACGUGGAGGUAGAUGAGUCUUUGUUCCAGGAAAUGGAUGACUUGGAGCUGGAGGACGAUGACGACGAUCCAGACUACAGUCCUGCUGACCGGGAGAGUGACUUGACCGACUGAUGGACUCUUCCCGUCUGCAGAGAGGCUUGACUGCCACAGCAUCUGUGGCUAUGCUGAGAGGGUGUUGACUUUCCUUUCUUUUUUCUAAGAAAAAAAUAAUUUUCAGGAGAAUAUUCUUCUGAUGGCUUUCAUCAUUGAACUUAAUAAAUUGAUCUUAAAA